CUAAAGAGAGAAAAAAAACAAGAAGAGAAGACGAAUAUAAGGAAGAACAAUUUAAAGAAAUUUUUUUAAUGGGGUUAUCCAUUCAUUUGACGUCAGGGCUGAGGCAAAUUGAUUUGGGUGUUUGAGGAAGUUCAAAUCCACGUUUCCUUCUUUUUAAGCAUUUCUCUAGUUGAAAUCGGAGUAAAAGGAUCGUCACUGAAUUCGGAGUUAAAAGAGGAACAAAAAUGGCAGGUCCCCAAUGCUGUUCAAACCCACCAACUCUAAACCCCAGCAGCGGCGCCGGCCAUCUUGAAGAACUCGGCGGCCUCACCACCUAUGUCACCGGCUCACCUGACAAACUCGCCGUCCUUUUUAUUACCGAUGUCUACGGAUUUGAAGCUCCACUUUUAAGGAAGCUAGCGGAUAAGGUUGCAGCUGCUGGGUUCUUUGUGGUUGCUCCUGAUUUCUUCAAGGGAGAUCCAUUUGUCCCAGAUGAUGCUAAUAGGCCAAUUCGGGUUUGGUUACAAGAUCAUGGACCUGAGAAGGGUUUUGAUGAUGCGAAGCCAGUUGUGGAAGCUCUGAAAAACAAAGGUAUCUCAGCGAUUGGAGCCGUAGGCAUUUGCUGGGGUGCCAAGGUUGUGGUUGACCUUACAAAGGUGGAAUUAAUUCAAGCUGCUGUGUUGCUACAUCCCUCGUUUGUUACUGUCGAUGACAUCAAAGGGGUCAAAGCUCACAUUUCGGUACUAGGAGCGGAGAUUGAUCACAUGUCUCCUCCAGAACUCUUGAAAGAGUUUGAAGAAGUUUUGUCUGCAAAGCCUGAGGUCGACGGGUUCGUAAAGAUCUUUCCAAAGGUUUCUCAUGGGUGGACUGUGAGGUACAAUAUGGAAGAUGAAGAGGCUGUCAAAUGUGCAGAUGAAGCUCAUGGGGACUUGUUGGCUUGGUUUACUAAAUAUCUCAAGUAAUUGAAUUGGCCAUUGUCAAUCCCUCUUGUUAGUAUCUUUGUGUUGUAGACCAUUUUACUCUUUAAGCUCAGAAUAAGAAAUUUGGAAGAAUAUUUAAACUGUAGCUGUUUUCUAAUAUCUCAGUGAAAAGCAGAGGGACAGUAAUACUGUUAGCAAAUUUGAUGGUGAUGAUUGUACAACGACUUUGCAUUUUCUUGGUGUGAAAUUGAAAUGUAUCUGAUUUUGCUGGAAAAA